UCUGAGUUUGAGUCCUGGAGAGGCAUGCGCAGGAUGCGCACGGAUUCUAUCAAACAGUAUGAGUGACUCCGACGAUGACAGCAGCUCUGAUAGCAGCAGUGAUUUCAGUAAGGGUUUCACCUCUAAGGAUCAGCUAACCGCGAGCUUCUUUUCCAUCAAACCGGUGAAGCUUAGUCAAGCGGACGCGAAAGACAAUAACAAGGAUGACAGCGACGACGACGAUGACGAUGACGAUGACGAUGACGAUGACGAUAACGAUUUCACGAGCAUUGGCGAGAACAGUAAUAUGGAAUUGUUCUCUGAGGUCGUUAAGAACUUGGAGGCCACCCAGAGAACUCAGAUAAAAAACGAGGAUCCGGAACGCUCCUGCAAAGAUGAUAACCUCCAGGGUAUGAAAGAAAUAAAAAUUAAAGCUGAAAGAAACGACAUAUCGGAUGAGAUAAAUGCAGUUUUGCUGCAAGGAGAAAGUGGAGCAUUCCAAUUUAAUGAAAAUGACGAGGACGCAGAAGACAAGAAGGAUGUCCAACGUCCAGCUGACUAUACAAUACCUAAAGAAGGUAUUAAGAUAACCUUGCCAGGUACAAGUAUGCUGUUCAAGAAGAAAUCAGCCAAUAAAAAAGAGUCAGAUUUAGCUGCGAUCCUACGCAAGAAAUUGAAAGCUAAUCAAAUAUUUGUGGAGAAAGUAAGUCGACUCUGUUGGCUGGCGCAUGGAUUCUAUCUGAAUCGCCAAGCCAACGAUCCUGAGGUAAUGACAACAGUGGUGUCGUUGGUCUCGGCAAACAACUAUCCGAAAGAUAAAUUUGAUCUAGGAUACUUGGAGAAAUUCACAAAAUGGUUUAGAAGUAUAUUCACUACGGAAUCUGUCGAUAGCGAUAUUGCUGUAAAUAAGGUAACACUAUUGAAGAGGACAGCAGAGAAGAAGAUAUUAAACUACAGGGAAUUGGUGGUACUGUAUAUAGCAGUGCUGAGAGGUAUUGGUUUAAACUGUCGUUUAAUUGUAUCUCUCAAUCCACCAGCUGUAAAAGUCCAUACUGACUUACUGCCUACAACAAGCGUACCGAAGAGAACGAAUCGAACAAAGGAGAAACUGAAAGAAACCAAAACAAAGGCAAGAUCCUCUAAGCCCUCCACCUCCAAGGAAGAUACCAAGAAAACCGAUUCGAAGAAGAAUCUCAUGGAUAACGACUUAAUUCAGAACAGUAAAAGUGCACUGAAAAAUGCGAAUCUAAUGGCAAGAGAAAAGGCGGCAGAGAUACUUCGUUCUAAAUAUGCGUAUAAUAAAAAAGACAAGGAUAAGUCAAAUAAGCAAGGUAGCACAGCUGAAGUCAAGCACAAUGAAGCAGCUUCCACUAAUGUUGAAAAAGCAGACACGGUUGUAUCUUCAAGAAAUUUGAGAUCUAGAAAGCUCCCUGAUGCAUCCUCAACAGCAUCCAAACAGCGAAGCAAUAAAAAUAAUAGCUCAGAAAAUAAUCAGUCCAAAGCAUCAAGUUCCAAGAGAAAAGGACGGAUCAAUAAUACUGAUGAUUCACGCUCGGAGGAAGAAAAUGAAGAAGAAAAAGAAUUGUCAAACAACAAAGCAAAGAGGAAACGCGGUAAUAGCAAUAAAACACAAACUGUCACUAAAUCUAGAGAAGGGAACGAGAGGAGAGACAAAGCGUUAGAAGAUGAGGAGGAGGCUGAGAAGAAAAUAAAAAAGACGCAGGAUGUAUGGGCCGAGGUGUACGUUGAGUCUAAAGGCAGUUGGAUAUCCGUAAAUAUAAUGGAUGGCGACGUGGAUUGUGUAGCCGAAGUAUAUAAAAAAGCGAGCAGACCAGUAUUAUAUGUGAUUGCUUAUAACUCAGAGGGACUGAUAAAGGAUGUCACAAGGCGCUAUUGUCCACAUUGGCUUUCUGUCACGCGUAAGCAACGUAUCGAUGAGAAAUGGUGGACCGAUACUAUAAGUCACUGGCCGGAAAAAGAAACAGCCAUAUCCAAACAGGAGGAUGAACUACUUCUGCAAAGGGAAUUGGAGCAACCGUUGCCUAAAACCGUCGGAGAGUGUAAAGGACAUCCGUUGUAUGUAUUGGUCAGACAUUUACUUAAGUACGAAGCGCUGUAUCCACCGGAUUGCGUACCACUCGGACACCUACACAACGGCGAGGCUAUUUAUUCGCGGUAUUGUGUACAUACGCUGUGUUCGCGGGAAACCUGGUUGAAGAAGGCUCGUGUGGUUAAACCGAAACAAGAGCCGUACAAAAUGGUUAAGGCGCUUCCAAAAUAUGACAAACUUUCAGGCCUGAGAAUCAAAGACACCCUAUUGGAAUUAUUCGGAAAAUGGCAAACUACGGAUUACGUUCCGCCAGAAGCUAAGGAUGGCAUUGUGCCUCGUAAUGAAUAUGGGAACGUAGAUUUAUUUAAAAUGUGUAUGCUCCCAAAGGGCACGGUGCAUAUAAACCUUCCAGGAUUAAAUCGCAUCGCCCGGAAAUUGAACAUAGAUUGCGCAUCCGCCGUAGUAGGUUUUAAUUUCGGAUGUAUGGGUGCUGUGCCGGCUAUCGAGGGUUUUGUCGUAUGCGCCGAAUACGAGGAUACGUUACGAGAAGCUUGGGAAGCGGAGCAAGUGGAGGCAGCCAGACGUGCCACUGAGAAAAGAGAAAAGAGGAUUUACGGCAACUGGAGGAAGCUUAUUAGAGGCUUGCUGAUUAGAGAAAAAUUGUCGCAAAAGUACGAAUUUACGUCGGAACCGAAAACUGAUCAGUCGAGCAAACGUCCUAAGGAACGAAAAGGGACUGCGAAGAAGUCCAAAACAUGAUCCAAAAUAUGUAAUAUAAACUGUUUACAAGUUAAUUCGAAUAAAAGUUUCAAUUAGUUAUA